GUUUUUUUUCCUAUUUCAGAUAUCAAUGUAACUGAAAAAUGACUGAUACGAUUGAAGAGGACAUACCUGAUCUUCUUUGCGAAAGCAUCAACGAGGCCCCUCAAAAGGUCCCUGUAACAAUAGUAACUGGAUUUCUAGGCGCAGGCAAAACAACCCUGUUGGACUAUGUCCUGCAGUCUGAGCAUGGCAAGAGAAUAGCAGUUGUUAUGAACGAAUUCGGCGAGGGCACUGAAGCUGAGAAAGAAAGCAUUGCUGUGAAUGCAGCUGGAGUCGAAGAGUGGCUAGAACUGAACAAUGGCUGUCUCUGCUGCACUGUCAAAGACGUUGGAGUGUCUGCCAUUGAAGCGAUGGUCGAAAAGAAGAGAGACGCGUUUGAUUAUUUGAUAAUCGAAACUACUGGAUUAGCCAAUCCAGGUCCCAUAAUCGGUUCAUUUUGGCUUGACGAGGGUCUUCAGAGCUGUCUGAAACUGGACGCAGUUGUCACUCUGGUGGAUGCAUUCAAUGCUCAGAGGAGUCGCACUGAACGGUCAACGGCAGAGGAGUGGGCUGCGCAGGUUGCACUGGCAGAUGUGAUUUUGCUGAACAAAACAGACCUGACGACGAAAGACUUAGAAGAAAAACUUGAAGUUGACUUGAAGACAAUUAACACAUCCGUCGAGGUGUACAGAACGGUCAAAUCCAGAGUUCCUUUGGAUUCAAUUUUCAACCGCAGAUGCUAUGACGCAGAUGUAAUUCCAUUGCCAAAAAGUGACCUACCUCAUUCUCAUCAAAGCGUAUCAUCUUCAAUGAUCACUUCUUGUUCAAUUCGACCAGCAGCAUACCACACAGUUGACAUUGAAGAAUUCGAAUCUAAAUUGACCGAGUUACUUUGGAACAAGUCUGCUCCCUUCAAUGGUGGAGAUAAUGUUAACUCGCCUCUGGGUCAGCUUGAGAUUCUUCGAGCGAAAGGAUCUGUAGUGAGUCACGAAGGGAAAGUGUUCCAUCUGCAAGCUGUUGGAGAGCUGUAUGAAAUAAAGGAAAUGGACGAAAAAGCAGUGGAUACUAAAUCUACACAUCUUGUUUUUAUCGGCAAAAGUUUGGAUCCGGGGCUAUUGGAAUCGCAUUUAUUCUCAACAUGAACAAUUGCAGAUGAAUCCAUGUUUUGCCUUGUACAGAAACUAAAAACGAAAGAAAUUGGUGAAAUGAAUGUGUUAGAUUAUAUGCUGAUUCAUUGACAUCCUUUCAAAAACAUUUUAAUUCUGUUGUCUUUUCAA